AUGUCUCAACUUUUAACUGAUGAAAUAGGUCAGGCCUUUGAAGUAACUGAUGAAUCUAAUAUUAGACUACACGGACUUACUACCAUUAAUACAAACAUUUCUGUAGUAAAUAAUAUUACUAAUUUCAUAUCAACAUCUUUCGGUCCCUGUGGAAUGGAUAAAAUUUUACAAAGUAAAGACGAUGAAAUUACUGUGACUAAUGAUGGCGCUACAAUACUUAAAGAGAUGGAUAUGACAGAUAAUGACAUUGCUAAACUUUUUGUACAGCUCAGUGAAUCUCAAGAUAAUGAAAUUGGUGAUGGUACAACAGGUGUAUUAAUACUGGCUAAUGGUUUAUUACAAAAUAGUAAACAACUUAUGGAUAAAGGAAUUCAUCCGAUAAGAAUUGCUGAAUUUUACGAUUCGGCACUUAGCAAGGCUAUUGAACAUCUUAAAAAUAUAUCUGAAUCAAUAAAUAAUAAAAAAGAGGCUAUGUUAAAUGCUGCAAGAACAAGUUUACACAGUAAAGUGGUGUCUAAAGCAAUUGAUAAAUUUGCUAAUAUUUGUGUUGAAGCAAUUUUAUCUGUUGCAGACAUUGAAAGACAAGAUGUUGAUUUUAGUUUAAUUAAUUACGAAAAAAGAAUUGGGUGUGAUGUAGCGGAAACGGAACUUGUUAGGGGAAUGGUUAUAAAAAAAGAAUUUAGUCAUCCACAAAUGAAAAAGGAAUUUAAAAAUGUGAAAAUCGCACUUCUAGCAUGUCCAUUUGAACCACCCAAACUUAAAAAUAAACAUAAUUUAUUAAUUAAAAAUCCUGAAGAAUACAAAGCCUUGCAAAAAUAUGAAAGAGAAGUAUUUCUCGAUAUGAUUAAAUUUUUAAAAGAUGCUAAAGUUGAUUUAGUUAUGUGUCAAUGGGGAUUUGAUGAUGAAGCCAACUCUUUGUUAAUGGAAAAUAAUUUACCAGCUAUAAGAUGGGUGGGUGGAAAUGAUCUUGAUUUGAUAGCUUUACACAUUCAAGGGAAUAUUAUUUCUAGAUUUGAAGACAUUAAAGAGGAAGAUUUAGGACAAGCAGAUGUUAAAGAAACCUCAGAUGGUACAGAUAACGAAAAGUUUAUUACUAUACAGAAUAAUAAACAAAGUAAGGCAGUUACUAUAAUUGUUAAAGGAGGUAAUGAUAUGAUAAUUGAAGAGGCUAAGAGAUCUAUACAAGAUGGGUUGUGUGCUGUUAGAAAUGUGCUUAUUAGUGAUCGUAUUGUUUAUGGCGGUGGAUCUGCAGAAAUAUCGAUUUCUUUACAUCUUGAACAGGAAAGUAAAACUUGUGUUGGAGAAGAGGAAGAGUGUAUGAUUGCAUUUAGUAGAGCAUUGGAACAAAUACCUCUUUUGCUUGCUAAAAAUAGUGGUCUUGAUGCUUUAAAAGUUCUUACUAAUUUAAGGAAAAAACAAAAUGGAACAAAAAAUCAUUUUUUAGGAGUUGAUUGUCUUGAAAAUUCUGAAGAAAAUAUGAAAAAACUUAAUAUUUUUGAUACUUUAAAAAGUAAAAUUAGGCAGUUACAGAUGGCUACACAGUUUGCUAGUACAAUUUUAAAAAUUAACGAUGUUAUAGUAUCAGGUAAUAAAUAA